UGAUAGUGCGCGCGCAUUCAUAUUGGACCCUGAAGUGUAGCUCUGGCUGUGUUUUGAUCAGACUGUGCUCUGUUUAUUAUGUAUGUCCAGAGCUGCAUUGAUACCGUGUGUUCAGUUGCACAGCACCGCUUCAGUUAUGGCAGCUUCAGUGGAAGAUUUCAACAGGGCCAAAGAAAAACUGGGCACUUUGAAGGAAGAUCCAGGGAAUCAAGUCAAACUGAAGAUCUAUGCGCUGUUUAAACAGGCCACACAAGGACCCUGCAACACCCCCAAACCCGGCAUGCUGGACUUUGUGAACAAAGCCAAAUGGGACGCAUGGAAGAGUCUGGGCUCCGUGUCACAGGAGGAGGCCAGGCAGCAGUACGUGGAUCUCAUCGAGUCUCUGGUGGGAUCAGAAGCUCCUGCAGUGGCGGCGCAGACGACCGGGAGCUCGAAGGCCUUCCAGACCCUGCUGGUCACCACAGAGGACAACAUCACCCCCAUACGCCUCAACAGACCUGGGAAGAAAAACGCCAUCACUGCAGAGAUGUACAACGAGCUGAUUGAAGCUUUGGAUCUUGCUGGAAAAGACGAUUCUCCUCUCUCUGACUCUAAAGGUAAUGGGGAUUAUUACUGCAGCGGAAACGACCUGAACAACUUUACGAAGAUCCCUGAGGGUGGAGUGCAGGACCUGGCUAAACAAUCUGGGGAGUUGCUGAAGCGGUACGUGAAGGCGUACAUUGACUUCCCCAAACCUCUGAUUGGAGUGAUAAACGGGCCGGCGGUGGGUGUAUCCGUCACCCUGCUGGGACUGUUUGAUGUUGUUUAUGCCACAGACAGGGCGACGUUUCACACACCCGCCUUCAGUCAGUUGGGUCAGAGUCCGGAGGGCUGCUCUUCAUAUCUGUUCCCCAAAAUAAUGGGCACAGCAAAGGUAUGGAUAUCCACACGAAGAAAACUUGAGAUUAAUCGGUUGGCUACUAAAAAUGUUGUUUGAAUCAACUGACAGCAC